UAACCACCCCUCCUGUGGGUGUCCAAUCCUGUUGGGCGAAGAUCAAAUUUCGGUAUAACAGCGAGACAUAACCAGGCCGGGGGGUGACUAAAAAGUCUCACAACUGCGCCGACCCCCAGUGCUGCUCUCUGCUCUAAGGCCUCAGUCGACCACAGCCAUCAUGUCUGACACAGAAGAUAUUGAACAGGUGGAGGAAGAAUACGAAGAAGACGUUGCAGAAGUGGAAGAAACUCACGAGGAAGAAGAAGAAGAAGAAGUGGAGGAACAGCAAACUGUGGAAGAGGAAGGGUAUGAGGAAGAAGACCACGGCGAAGAAUACGAUGAAGAGAAGCCAAAACCAAAACUCACUGCUCCUAAGAUCCCAGAUGGAGAGAAAGUGGACUUUGAUGAUAUCCAGAAGAAGAGACAGAACAAGGACUUGAUUGAGCUUCAAUCUCUGAUUGAUACUCACUUUGAGGGUCGUAAGAAGGAAGAAGAGGAGCUGAUUGCCCUGAAGGAAAGAAUUGAGAAGCGCAGAGCCGAGCGAUCUGAACAGCAGAGGAUCAGAGCAGAGAAAGAGAAAGAACGUCAGAACAGAAUGGCUGAGGAGAAGGCAAGGAGAGAGGAGCAAGAUUUAAUCAGACGUGCAGAAGAUGACAUGAAGAAGAAGAAGGCUCUGUCUUCCAUGGGAGCCAAUUACAGCAGCUACCUGGCCAAGGCUGACCAGAAGAGAGGCAAGAAACAGACAGCCCGUGAGCAGAAGAAGAAGAUCCUGGCAGACCGUCGCAAGGCUUUGAAUGUUGACCACAUGAAUGAAGAUAAACUCAGGGAAAAGGCAAAGGAACUGUGGGACUGGCUUUACGGGCUGGAGUCUGAAAAGUUUGAGUUUGCAGAGAAGCUGAAGAAACAGAAAUAUGAGAUUACAACCCUACACAGGAGAGUGGAGGAGCUCUCCAAGUUCAGCAAGAAGGCCGCUGGAGGAGGCAAAGGAAAAGUCGGGGGCCGCUGGAAGUAAAUGCCCUAAUCUUAAGACCAUGUCCUUACAGAGAGCAGCACCGUUCUUCAUCCCUUAUCUCAGCUGUAGUCACUCUGCAGGAUGCUGGCUCCACUCUAUGCCCCUAGAGAUAGUCACUCAGUCUCUCACCAAGGGUUAUCACUUUCUCUCUGUGGUCUGCUCUGUAUUAUCUAUUCUCUUUUGUAAAUAAAGUGUGAUGCUUCUUAACCCAAAUAA